CGCGCGGACCCACCGGCCGACCAGCUGCCGGCCCGCCCGCCGGCCCGCUGUCUCUGGUGCCCAGGCCGUCGCAGUGACCCCGCCCCGGGGCCGAGAAUGUGAGGCGGCCCCGGGCGUCCCCGCACCCGGCCCGGGCGCCGGCAGUGGGCGUGUGGGCCGCGCCAGGAGAUGGCCCUGCUGCUGCUGCCGCCGCCACAGAUCUCCUCCCGGGCCCCGGGGCAGUGAGGACGCCGGCAGGAGUGGGUGCGCGGCCCCGGCGCGGCGCGGGCGCCAUGGAGGGGGUGCUGUACAAGUGGACCAACUAUCUGAGCGGCUGGCAGCCUCGAUGGUUCCUUCUCUGUGGGGGGAUCUUAUCCUACUAUGAUUCUCCUGAAGACGCCUGGAAAGGUUGCAAAGGGAGCAUCCAAAUGGCAGUCUGUGAGAUUCAAGUUCAUUCUGUGGACAACACACGCAUGGACCUGAUAAUCCCUGGGGAACAGUAUUUCUACCUGAAGGCCAGAAGUGUGGCUGAGAGACAACGGUGGCUGGUGGCCCUGGGGUCAGCCAAGGCUUGUCUGACAGACAGCAGGACCCAGAAGGAGAAAGAAUUUGCUGAAAACACCGAAAACUUGAAAACCAAAAUGUCAGAACUAAGACUCUACUGUGACCUCCUAGUUCAACAAGUAGAUAAAACAAAAGAAGUGACCACAACUGGUAUAUCCAAUUCUGAGGAGGGAAUUGACGUAGGAACUCUGCUAAAAUCAACCUGCAACACUUUUCUGAAAACUUUGGAAGAGUGCAUGCAGAUCGCAAACGCAGCCUUCACCUCUGAACUGCUCUAUCGCACUCCCCCUGGGUCACCACAGCUGGCCAUGCUCAAGUCCAACAAGAUGAAACAUCCUAUUAUACCGAUUCAUAAUUCAAUGGAAAGGCAAACGGAAAACAACUGUGAAAAUGGAUCUUUAAAUAUGGAAAUAAAUGGUGAUGAAGAAAUCCUAAUGAAAAACAAGAGCUCCUUAUGUUUGAAAUCUGCAGAGAUAGACUGCAGUCUAUCCAGCAAAGAAAACACAGAGGAUAAUAUAACAGGUGAAGUAAUGAAGGAAGAUACAGAGGAAAAACUGAGGGGUCACGACGAGGACUUGGUACAGCCCACGUCAGACUCUGUCUGCUCUCCAGAAUCCCACCAGGAAGAGGGCCAAGAAGUCAUCCCAACCUUCUUCAGCACCAUGAACACCAGCUUUAGUGACAUUGAGCUUCUGGAAGAUAGUGGCAUUCCCACAGAAGCAUUCUUGGCAUCAUGUUAUGCUGUGGUUCCAGUAUUAGAUAAGCUUGGGCCCACUGUAUUUGCUCCUGUUAAAAUGGAUCUUGUUGGAAAUAUUAAGAAAGUGAAUCAGAAGUAUAUAACCAACAAGGAGGAGUUUAGUACCCUGCAGAAGAUCGUGCUGCACGAAGUGGAGGCGGAUGUAGCUCAGGUCAGGAACUCAGCUACUGAAGCCCUCUUGUGGCUGAAGAGAGGUCUCAAAUUUUUGAAAGGAUUUUUGACCGAAGUGAAAAAUGGGGAAAAGGAUAUCCAGACAGCCCUGAAUAAUGCAUAUGGUAAAACCCUGCGGCAGCACCACGGCUGGGUCGUCCGAGGAGUCUUUGCGUUAGCCCUGAGGGCAGCUCCAUCCUAUGAAGAUUUUGUGGCGGCAUUAACCAUAAAGGAAGGCGAUCACCAGAAGGAAGCUUUCAGUGUCGGGAUGCAGAGGGACCUCAGCCUCUACCUCCCUGCCAUGGAGAAGCAGCUGGCCAUCCUGGACACUCUGUAUGAGGUCCACGGGCUGGAGUCUGAUGAGGUGGUAUGACAGCUGCAAGACAGCAUCUCCUAACUUCAGGGAAUAAAGUUUGCUAGCAAGUUG